GGCCCACUUACAGACCCUGGAGAGUGAAUUUGGGAAGAUAAUCCUCCAGAGUUGCGCAGUUUCAGGUGUGGCUGUAGUGCUUCCGGUUUGAGCUCUAGAAUAAACUGAAACUCUUUAAAACUAAAGUGUGGCACCUUAAGUGAUCACUCAGGAGAAUCAAAAUGAGCAUUCGGGGACAGGAACAGGUGCAGAAGAAAUAUGAUCCACUGGAUGCCACCCUGAAGUUUGUCAAGAGGAGGGACGACUUGGAUCCACUGUGUUCAGAUGAUGAUGAUGACGACUGUCUCAGAGCAGAGAUGUCCUGCGGCCACGCUGUCACUCCUGAAUCUCUAACACAGUGGUGUCGCAGCCAGCUGGAUGAGGGGAAUUACAAAUUCCAGAUGCUGUGCACGUGGUUGAGGGUACCAAACUGUGCAAUAAACCAGUGGUCCGUAUCCAAGAGGUGCGCAGACUGGCUGAUUUGUUCCUUGCAAGAACGAGUGUCGGAGAGGAAGGAAUCUCCUCCCAACCUUUGUGUCCAAGUGCCACAUAUGUACAGCUGCCGACCAGAACAAGACCCGUACCAGUUCUGCUGGCAGUGUCAGAAGCAGUGGAAAAGGAUGCAGGCUCGAUCUGACCGCUGCAAUAAUGACGGUUGCAAUCAACAAGGACCUGCAGCUUCUGAAAGACGUGUAACGCUCAAUCCCAGUCUGCCCCGCUGUGGAGGUUCGGGGGAGGGGGUCACCGCUGCCCCUCUGUCGAGCCUGUCCUACAAUGCGAGCAUGAGGUGGAACAUAGUCAGAAUCUGCAAAAAUAUCAGAUGUCCUCGCUGCCAGGUGGAGUUCUGCCUUUGUCUGCCUGAAUCUAAAGCGUGA